AUGCCUAUCCCAGUUCCCAAGGCCGAGCGUCUCCAUGACCUCUUCAGCCUCAAGGGCCGCGUAGUCGUCGUCACCGGCGCCUCGGGCCCCAGGGGCAUGGGCAUUGAAGCCGCCCGCGGAUGCGCCGAGAUGGGCGCCAACGAAUACGGCAUCAAGGCCAAGGCGUACAAGCUCAACACGUCCGAGUACGAAAACGUCGAGAAGUUUGUCGCUGACGUCAUCGCCGACUUUGGCCAGAUUGAUGGCUUUAUCGCAAACGCCGGCGCAACUGCCAAGGGCGGCGUUCUCGACGAGCCCAAGGAGGAGUGGGACAAGGUGAUCCACAUCGAUCUCACCGGAACCGCCUACUGCGCAAAGGCCGUGGGUGCCCACUUCAAGAAGCGCGGCACCGGCUCCUUCGUCAUCACCGCCUCCAUGUCCGGACAGGUCGUCAACUUCCCCCAGGAGCAGACCUCGUACAACGUCGCCAAGGCGGGUUGCAUCCAUCUGGCCAAGUCCCUGGCCAACGAGUGGCGAGACUUUGCUCGCGUCAACUCCAUCUCUCCCGGCUACAUCGACACCGGUCUCUCCGAUUUCAUCGACGCCAAGACCCAGAAGCUGUGGAACGACAUGACCCCCAUGGGCCGCAACGGCAACGCCAAGGAGCUCAAGGGCGCCUACGUCUACCUCAUCAGCGACGCUAGCACGUACACCACGGGAGCUAACAUCACCAUCGACGGCGGCUACACCGUCAGGUAA